AAUGGAUAUUGUGAGCACCUCUAGAAAUCACUUGUUUGAUAUAUUUUUACUUGAUGAAUCUUUUGGUUCUGAUUCAUCUUCCAUAAAAAUUCAACCAAAAGAGUAUGGACCAUUGGGCAAAAAUCUUGGAUUUAAUACAAUUGUAGUCAUUGCAUACGAUGUAGAUAAGUCAUCCUCUAAAUAUGAAGAGUACGAUAAUGUUGCUGAACUGGAAUCGGGUGCAACUUGCAAUCAUUCAUCUUCUCUUCCCGGCAAAGAAUGCCAGAGGGCAAUUGAUUGGAAUUUAUCUGAAAGUUGGAAUGCAAUUUGCACUGGUGGUGUAUCGUGUACUGAUCAAUACAUCACUAUCAAUUUUAUAAGACCAAUAAUACCAUACUUAGUAACUGUAGCUAAAAAAUUUGGUCAUUUCUAUAUAAAGGAUUUGGAAGUUCAUUGGUCAUCUGGCCAUAUUCAAUUAGAACGUUUACAAGCAAUACUCUAUACCCAAAGUAUUUAUCAUUCAAAUGAAAUUAGCAUUGAAACUGGAUUCAAAUUAACAAUUAAAAGCUCAUAUAGUGGAGAUAAUCUUGGAUUUAGAAAUAUUUUCGUAUUUUCAAAAAGAAAUACUGAACAUGUUUAUUCAAUUCAAGAAAUUUCUCCUGUUAUCUAUUAUAUUCCAGGAGAAUAUCAAAAUAAUUUUAGAACUUUAAAAUUCAAAGUUUAUGCCCAGGGAAAAUCAAAUCAAACUGAAAAUUGUUCAUCUAUUAUAAUUGGUUUUAAAGAUAAUAAUGCAAAGCAAUUUCAAAUUCAUAUGAAUGUUAUAGAAGAUAAUGAAAAUUAUCUUAUGUUUACAAUCUUUAAACCAACAGAAAGAAUUGAAAAAUUUCAUUUAAAAAGUUCAUUAGUAAAAUGUAAUAAGUGGAGUGAAUUUUGGUUGGAAAUUUUUUCAGAAAAAGUGUGUUUUGGAUCUGGUAAAGGAUAUGGUAUUGAUACUUUAGCUGAAAUGGCUCAAAAAUAUUCCCAUUUGGUAAACAACAAUGCUUUUCUGGCGAAUACUACUCAAUUAUCGACAGAUCGUAUGAUACCUGCUUAA